GCCUUCUAUGCGGAAGUCCACAAGCGACCGAGCUGCUUCCUGAAAGUGCUGGUACUACUCUGUAUAAAACUAGAAAAGCACAUUACCAUACAGUUUCUUCUUACGUGAUCGAACCAGCCAUGUCGAAGAACACGGUGUCAGAUCGAUUCAGAAAGGUCGAUGUAGAUGAGUACGACGAAAACAAGUUUGUCGACGAAGAGGACGGCGGAGAAAAUCAGAUGGGUCCGGAUGAGGCUGAGGUGGAUUCUCUCAUCAGAUCAGGUAACCUGAUGGGGGCUUUACAGGCGGUACUGAAGAAUCCACCAAUCAAUACCAAGAACCAGAAUGUGAAGGACCGGGCUGAAGGCCUUGUAUUGAAAGUGCUCAGCUCUUUCAAGACUAGCGAUAUAGAAAAGGCUGUUCAGUCUCUGGAUAAGACUGGAGUGGACCUCCUCAUGAAGUACAUCUACAAGGGCUUUGAAAGACCCUCAGACAACAGUAGUGCCAUUCUGCUUCAGUGGCAUGAAAAGGCACUCUCAGCAGGUGGCGUGGGCUCCAUUGUCAGAGUGCUCACAGCUAGGAAAACCCUGUAAACUUCAGCAGCGUGGCAGGGUUGGCAAAGGGACUGGCUGGCACAACCCCUCGUGGUCUGGUUUAUGCCCAUACUGCCAUACUGUGGAGGAUACCUAGUCACUCAACUUUUUUUAAAAUGAUCAAAUAGUACACUUAACAUUACAGAAAUCCACAUUUGGAUUUCUUGCAGUGAAGAUAUGCACCUUGGAUCUGUAUGUCAACAGAAUGGUUAUGAGAAAUGUUAUUGACCUCAGCAGAUAUUAAGCACAGACAUUUUAGCUAUUAUCAAAGGAUGUGCCUAUUUACUUGUCUACUUCACCUCUCAUACCUGUUCCAAUGUAAUGUCUGAACAUGUAAGAGCAUGACUAAAUCAUUACAUAGUCAUGCUAGUAAUGGCAUGUUACAGAGGCACUCUGGCGUGUAUUACUAUUUGUGAUCUGCUCCAUCGUUUUGAGUCACUUUGACCCAAAAGCACAUUAUGCACUAAAGUAAAAUGUAAAAUCUCAGCCUUCUAAUGAAAUUAUCAUUUAUGUGUCUAUUCCAAACUGUUGCAGGUAUAUAAUCAUUGAAAUUUCUUUUACUUUCAUGCAUAAAACUCAUUCUGUUUCAGGGUCAAAGUGACUCAAAGUGAUGGAAUAUGUCAUAUUUGUUUUAACUAAGAAAAAUUAUCCAGAUUUAUUUUGUAGAGGAUUUUCAGUUUGCACUCUCACAACCUACCCAUCAUCUGCUCCUUUUGAGAAACAUAAUCAGAGCCGGUCUGUGGAAUAUGCCAACAUCAGUAUUCACUUGGUUAUUUUAAUUUGGUAGUACGUGCUGUAUUAUUAAUGGCCAUGAUUUAUUUACUGCAUAUGUUAGUUCCAAGUUGGUUUUUGGAUAUAGCUUUAUCUUAAUGCCUGUGCUUUUAAGCAAGAGGGAGAUUUUCUGCCCAAUUUAUUGUGGUAAUAAGCUUUUUUUUUUCCUCUACAGUCACUUUUAUAAUUCAUGCAGCUUCUGUGACACAUCUCCUUGAUUUCAUAUUACACCGGGAUCACAUUUUGAGAGAGGAAAAAAAAGGAAUAACUUUUUAAAGAAAAUAACUUUUUUGCCAAAAACGUUUUUUAUUGUCAUAAUUGUUCUGUUUUUGAGUUUAAUUUUUUAUAAUGCUGAGUGUUAUUAGAAUUUUCCACCAGAAGUGUAUUUAUAUUGAUCACAUUUUUGAAAUUUGUAAGAUGUAAUCAAUCGUAGAAAUCAUCAUUAUCAUCAUAAACAUAAUUUCUUAACAUACUUUAAACUCUGACAUUCUGUCAGGUGCUGAUGAUAUAGCUAACCUCUGAGACACACAAGUGUUUGUGCAUUUGCAUAUCCCACCAAACACAGCAGCAAGCACUCUAGCAAGAUGUUUCUAUUUCAGGCUUAUGCUGUAAUUGAGACUUGAUCAAGGGCAGAUUUUGCUUCCCCUCUGGUCUACUUAUUUUUACCAUACUUGAAGCUAUACAUAAGCAACCCAAGGAAGUAUCCACUUGUUCAUUAAAGAUUCUUAGUGAAUGUUGAGUUUGCGUCACUCCAGUCAAUCAUUCGAUGAAGUGCUAAAAUUGUAAACUAGUUUACCAACUGCCUUAUCAAAUUUUCCUUUUAUAUUGUAUGGUCCUUUUGAAAAAUAAAGUAAUUUCUGUUGUGAUUUUUC